CAGACUGCGGGACGGGGGUGCCGUCCACCAUGGCCAGAUUCUGGAGUAAGAGGAAGGGAAGGGGAAGCAGAAGAGCGAGAGACCCCGAACCACCAUAGUGAGGGAUAGAUUGCACACUCGGAACACACCGCGGCACGGGUGCGACGGGGUUGUAAGACCAGGUUUAGGAGCACCCUUGGAGGAUGAGCCUCGAGUGCGGUCUCCUCGGAGUUUCUGAACGCUGCAAAACCGUGUCGCACAGGGAGUCCGGUGAUUCUCUAAGUUCGACUUUUUUGUCCGAGAAAGGGUUGCUACGGGGACUGUUGGGUAGAAGAAAACUAGCACUGCGUUUGGGGAGUCGAGUGUGCGAUUGCGGGGAUCCACUGAUGGUCGUGGUUUUUAGGGUGUGGUGAAUUUUGAGGGAUUCGUCGUAGGCUUGACAUUUUGUUUUGGUUCUUUAGGGGGGGAGGUUGUGGUGCUAGGGUAAGGCCAGGUGGGUUGUAAGAUUGAGGUGAGAGGUAGUAGAAAGUAGCUUCCGUGCUGCGGUGUAGAGAUUGCGCCUGUCUUCAAGGUUAUUCUGGGGUUUAUUGCACUGCGUGGGUGUUUGUAAGUGCUUCCUUGUGUGGAGGUUUUAUCGAUAUUUCUAGUGCUUGCUACUGGGCCUGUAGCGGUGGGUGGGAGUUUCUUUCGCAUGAAAUUGUUUUGGUGAUCUGAUUCGUCGGUGUAAUUCUAAGUACUGUGUUCUUUGAGCGGUCGCGUUUUGGUUUGUGUCAGUCCUCAAGUAGUUGGCUAUAUCCAACCUUGGUCAGUGCACUUGCAAGGCAUGACCGAGAGUAUGAACUUGAGGUUGAUUUAUCUUCCACGUCUUGGGAUAUUGUGAGUGGAUUACAUUGUGUAGGACUGAAUUGCCUGCCGUUACGGUAUGUAGGAUAAGGAACUUGUUUUGAAGUAUUAAAGUAGGUUGCUUUUUUUUCUGUGUUAUUUGAAGCAUCGGUAUUUUUGUUGGACGAAGCCCAUGCCGUGGCUGGAGAGUGCAAGUUUAACAUAAUUCAUAAUGGCUACGUUUGCCGUGAAGUCCGCGUGUGCUUUAGUCAUCAUGCAUAUUAUGAUCAGGGUAUGCCAUGCGGCAUCUCCAAAUAAUACUUGUAAACCGAAAUGUGGCGAAACGGAGGUCAGGUACCCAUUUUCCUUGCAAAACUAUGCCCUUGGACAGUGUGUUACAGAGUACCCCGAUCUCGGAUUUCAGUGCUUGUAUCGGAAGUUAUACCUUAACUUGAGCGCCUCUCCCACUUUCACGUACGAGGUUCAGAACAUAGAUUAUAAGAACCAGAUUCUUUCAAUAGUACCAUAUGGAAAUAAUGCAAUAUGUUCUGACUUUACGAGUAAUAUAUUUGGAACCCUGACCAUCACAAAUACCACCACACUACUUCUGGACUGCGGAGUCCGUAUACAAGAAGACUGCACCUCCCUAGACACGAUUGUUAACUACGACGAUAUCUGUAAUCGCAAUGGUACGGGUGUGAGUUCCCAGGGAGGUGCAAAUCGGUGGGCUUGCCCGAUGAGGUAUCUGAAUUUCGCCGAUUCGCGUUACAAUCAGUGCCACCUGUUUGAGAGAGCCCCGACCGAACUCCUAAGCGGUCAAAACAAGACUGUUACCGUGGAGCUUCAAUUCGAAGUAAAAAAUAUAUCAACCCUCGAUACAUCUCCUUCACCACAGCCAGCGGCAUCACCUGAAGCUACACCUUCAGCAGAUAUGAUGAGACGGAACCUGUAUAUCAUCCUUGGUAUUGUUGCUGGGUUUACAGCAGCAGUCUUAAUCUUCCUAAUCGCCCUACUGUACUGUUGCCGACUGUCACGGCGCGGCCCGAGUGAUUUGAUGAAGUAUGAUGGUGGUGACAAGAAAGAGUUUGCUAAGAUUCGAUCGAGUGGCUCAGGCCAUCUCACAACACUUUUUACCUACAAGGAGCUUGAUCAUGCCACACAAAGUUUCAGUACGAAGCAUGAACUGGGAGGGGGAGGUUUCGGGACGGUGUAUAAAGGAAAACUCUCGGAUGGAAGAUUGGUUGCUGUGAAGAAGCUCAAUCAAGGUGGAAAUCAAGGCAUACAACAAUUUCACAAUGAAGUUGAUGUUCUCUCUAAAGUGCGACAUCCGCACUUGGUUCAGUUACUUGGUUGUUGUAUGGAGCGGCCCCUUCUUGUUUAUGAGUAUGUACCAAACGGGUCAAUUUCAAACCAUCUCCAUGCCGGGUGCAAGGCACCGUUACCUUGGAAGACAAGGUUAGAGAUUGCUGUACAGACAGCAGAAGCACUUGCUUAUCUUCACUUUUUAGUAGACCCGCCUAUCUUUCAUAGAGAUGUGAAGACAACUAAUAUCCUCCUUGAUCAGGACUUCAAGGCUAAAAUUGCUGAUUUUGGUCUUUCGAGGUUGGUUGUGAACACGGAAAAUACCCAUAUCUCCACCGCACCACAAGGUACCCCUGGUUAUCUUGACCCAGAUUAUCACGAGUCUUAUGUCCUUUCUGACAAGAGUGAUGUCUAUAGUUUUGGAGUAGUGUUGAUGGAGCUCGUGACUGCCAAGAAAGCGGUGGAUAUGACCCGGGAGCGCAAGGAAAUCAACCUAGCAUCUCUAGCUGUGGCUAAAAUUCAAUCCGGGUGUUUACACGAGAUCCUGGAUCCAGACUUGACUGUUUUGUUCUAUGAUUAUCCUAUGGCGCAAGUUAUGGUUGAGCAAGUUGCUGAGCUUGCUUUUCGUUGUCUAGCAUCUGAGAAAGAUGAUCGACCGUCUAUGAAAGAAGUGCUAACAGAUUUACUGCGAAUACAAGCUAUUGGUUUUAGAAGAUCUUCAGGAAUGGAGCCUUCCCUCGAUAACAAAGACUCCGCAAAGCCUCUUCUAAACAAAAACGGUGGGUGCCCAGCAUCCCCUACCUCUGUGCAAGAUGUGUGGGUGAGCAACACAACCUCACCUGCUGAUAGUGUAGCAGAAAUGGUUUAGAUAAAAAUUUACAGUGAUGAAGUGUGUAAAUAGAAUGUUUUUACUCAUUGCUACAGGAGCUGCCUAAAUUUGUGUACUUGCUGUAGCGUCGUGAACGCAUUCAUCUCCUGAAUUUCGUGUGCGUUUCUAGAGUUCUACAGGGCACCUAGAGGGAGAGAGAUAAGAAAUCAACAUGCGUAAUCACUGUAACAGUUAGCAGGGAUUUAAAUCUAGGAAAACCUUCGCGGUGCACGUAGCUCAUUACAUUUUUAGACCUGGUUGGGUUUCCCUAGGUCAUUUCAGAACGUAAAUUUUUUUUCACUGUAGUAUGACAUAACCUGGGCGAAAUUUUUAAUGGGUGUCCUUCGUCUGAGUAGACAGAAUUUUGUAUCUUCUCAUUAUGGUAUUUUCCCUUUUGUGAUUCGUUAAAUGGUUUCACUGUCCUUCAACUAAAAGAUUCACUGUAGUUCUUGACUA